GAGUGAGCACAUAAAGCUGCUUUACAUCACCCGACUCGAAUAGUUCACCCCAUUCACGGGUUGAGAUGCAGUUUGGUUAGGAUAUAAAACGACACGUUUGUCAUUUGGAGUUAAAAACUUUUUUUUAAUCAUUGGGUUUGUUUGUAACGCGCAACGAUUUAAACGCGGACUUCAGAUGACGUGAACUGGAUAUCGCCGUCUUUGCGGUUACUUGUGAAUGAUAUUGUUUACAAAACGAAAGGAAACCAUUUCACUGACCUGUAACAUUUGGCAGUAGCUGAAUCCUCCCAUCGUGGACUAAAUCGAAUUAUAGAUAACAAAUGGGAUUUUGGUGCUGCUGGUGGUGCAUCUGUUUUCUCGCUGAUAGAGCGCCCCGAGUGAGUGUUGGGAGCAUAUUGCAGUCGCGUUGGGUUGCACCAUUGUUUGCAUCAACUUUCCCCCCUUUAUCGAACAGGCACUUAUGAGAGAGACUGCAAGCGACAAUGUCUAAGACACAGAAAUCAGAGUCCAGGUCUCGCUCUCGAUCAGCCUCCAGAUCAAGAUCUCAUUCUGAUUCCCGUUCCCGCUCCAGAUCUCAAAGCAGCUCCUCCAGAUCCAGGACGAGGAAGCGCAGAUAUGGGUCUAGGUCUCGCUCUCGGUCAAGAUCCCAUUCCCCGCCCCACAACCGGGAGCGGAACCACACACGGGAGUAUCAGAACCAACGAGAGUUUCGAGGUAACCACAGAGGAUUCCGGAGGCCAUAUUACUUUCGGGGCAGAGGUCAGGGCUUUUUCCGUGGCCGCUUUCAACGUGGUGGAAGGGGAGGAGGAUAUAACAACUACCGUCCUAAAAACUGGCAGAACUUCCGGCAACACCCUCAGCAGCAGCAGCAGCAAUACUACCACAACAGUCCCAAGAGGGGCCGCUCUCGCUCUCCUAAGAAACAGGCAAACAGUCCAAAAUCCCGCAGCCAUUCCCGGCGCUCUGACAGGUCAUCUUCAGGGAGGUCACCACAGUCGCAUCAUUCAUCCUCCUCCAACUCUGGAUCUGCCAAACGUAAUUGUAAAAAUGUAAGAGAGGAUGUUUUGGUUAUCGAAGAAACACAAGGAGGAGGAGAUAAGGCUCUGGUGGAGCAGGUCAAAGGUACUUCUGCAGCUGAGGGAAAUGUUGAUGUAGACCGGACUUUGGAGAACUGUCAGGUUUUGAUGAACCAUGACUCAAGUCCUAAAAGAACAAGUCCGCAGGUCUGCGUAUCUGUCACUAAUGACCAACCAAUUGAUUCUACAUCCAGCAAGACCAGUCCUGCUCAAAAGAGUUCAAAUUCUCCUAAAAAAGGUGCCACCGCCUGGCAGAAUGUUGAAACUGCACCUUCAAACAGCAGCCCAGUAAAGAAAAGCACACCACCGGUUUUCAAUGGUUUUGGGCUCUUUACAAAUUUAGACCAAGAGUCAGAUGAUACACUUGCUCUCUCUGCUGCAUUUAUGAAAUUCCUGGAGGAGCAAAAGGUUAAAAAACAGGCCUCUGCAUUAGAAAACAACAGGCAUAAAGGGAAAAGUAAUGGAGAUAUAGUGUGUGAUAAAGAAAAUGGAGGAAUAUUUGAUAAAGGCAUUGAGUUGUCUCACGUUGUUGAUCCUGACAACACAGCAGAGGGGAAAUGCAAAUCUGCCAAGAGUGGUGACAGUAACAAAUUAUCCAAAAGCGCACCUAAAAAGGCUCCUCGAAACAGCCCACCAUUUCAAUGCGAGGAAGGUGAGGAUGAUGAAGAAAUGGAGUUUUCUGAUAUAGUGGAGGAUAUGGAAAAUAGUCCCUGCAAAAGCAAAGUCACCAUGUCUGCUCGUGAAAUGUUCGAGAAUCGCAUCAGGAGGAUGCAGGACAUGACAUGGGAUGAUGAGCUGGAAGCUCUGUUGCUCUGCCAUAAACAGGAAAGAGCAUCGAACAUCCUAGCUGCGCUCUCUAAAAGAGACCAGCUCAGUGGCAUGUUUAGGGAUCCUUCCCCUGAAAAGCUUUCUAGUGUAAAACGAAAGGAGAAAACCACAGUAAGUUCCUCUUCUAAACCUACACUACCGCCCAGGAGGAGCUCUGAAAACCGUGAGCAGGAGAUGUUUGUGGUUAUGAACGAGGAAUCCCCACCAAGAGCUUCAUUGAAAAGAGGAAGCUGUGAAUUCAGUGUGAGGAUGGAUUCUCUUAGUGAUGACCUCGCCAGGACAUCGGUUCUUACCAAUGAAAGAAGGAAUCUUAUGGAUUUUGUGCAUAUGGAUAAAAAAGAUUUGGAGUUUCAGUCUGUCCUUCGGCACCUUCAGGCUCAGCAGUUUCCCAGAAGCCCAUCUGAGCUGUUUGCCCAACACAUAGUUUCAAUUGUUCAUCACAUUAAAGCUCAGUAUUUUCCUUCCUCUGGACUGACCCUACAUGACCGAUUUGCCAUGUACCAGAGAAGAGCUGCUGAGAAAGAAUUCAUGAAGCAGAGAAAGAGUCCAGAGAUACACAGGAGAAUUGAUGUUUCUCCCAGUGCUUUUAAGAGGCACUCUCUUCUGUUUGAUGAGGUGAAAAGCUCCAUGGAAAACAGCUUCAAGGUCGAUGGUAAAAAAUCUAAAGGAGAAACAAUGGACCUUCGGCUGGAUAUUGAGCGCAGGAAGAAAUACUUGAUUGGAGAGAGGGAGCCCAGAGAGGAAGAAUGCGGAGGAAGAGUUUUGAGGGAAUCUCCAGAUUCAAGCAAGGAAAUACCCACAGAGAAAUCCUCAAAAAAACACAAAAAAUCAAAGAAAAGCAAGAAGAAACGUGAGCGUUCUCAGUCAUCCUCCUCAUCUUCGUCAUCUUCCUCUGUUUACAAUGAAGAAGAGGGUGAGAUUAAGCCAGAAAGCUUCUCUAAAGUCCAGCUAGGGCUGAGAGAGUAUGGAGAGGCUGUGGAAAGAGGCCGGCCACGAGGAGGCUUUCAGCUGAAAAUACGUGGUAGAAGUUGGAACCGAGGAAAUUUCCAUGGAAACAGUAAUGGCAAUUCACACAUGAACAUGUUGGCAAAGAAUGAAGGCUGGGAUCAAGAAUACACUCCCAAGAGCAAGAAACACAUCCUACACAGUGAAAAAGAUUUAGAAGCUGAAAGGAAGGUGAUGAACUCACGAGGCCGUGGUCGCGGCAACAUUAUUCGUACAAAGGGACGUUUCCUACUGCGAAGGGCCACAAACACCACCAAUAAUACAAGCCCUAAAUGGGCUCAUGAUAAAUUCCAGGCCACCGAUGAUGAGGGCGAACAACAGAGAGAGGAUGGGGAAUAGGACCAGUGAGAAUGGAGCAGUGAAGAAUAGAAAAUUCUGACUUUAAGCCCUGGAAUAAGACUUACUGGCCCUCACACCUUCAAGAAUGGAAUAUGACAUCUAGAUUUUAUGGAUUGGAAUGAAGCUGUUGUAUUAUACUGCUUUGAUUUACUGUUUUCUGAAGAACUUUAUGUGCUGACAUUCUUUUACAUGCAAUUUCAUACCCUUUCAUAAAAGAAUGAAGCGUUUGUAAAAAAAAAUGUUUCUGCAAGCAAAUCCGAUUAAUCAUGACUGAUAUGGUAAAAGUGCCUGCUUCAACUUCACAUUUACUAACCAUCCAUGUCUUUCUGGAUGAACUGGCGCUUUAGUUUAGAAUCAAGUGCCUGCAUUGCAAAUAAAUUUUUAUUUAUUUUUUUGCACAAAAACAUGCAAACGAAAUAGACUGCCUGGCCAAAAAAAGAAUUUAUGUUUGGAUUUAAAUAUGCAAAUAACAAAGUGAUUGGAUCUUCAUUGCAGUGAUCGAUGUGUUUCACUAUAAUCAAAGCUGAAGGCGAUCAAACAAAACUUUUUUUUGGCUUGGUGGUGUUUAUAAUAUUCAUUUAUAUCAAUAACAUUCAUACAUUUUUAAUAUAAUGUUCAGCUUUAUCAAUAGAAAUAGAGAUAUGUAAAUAUAGGCCAGGUCAAUUGAUUGAUUGGCUGAUUUCUGGCCCUUUUAAAUAAAAACCAAACUUGAUUAACAGUGUGUAUGAAGUGCUUAUCGUCACACUUUCUCUGUUUCAAAUUCUACUGAUAGACUUGUCUAUGAAUAGCAAGAUUUGUGUGUGUGUAUUUGUGGUUAAAUGUUAUGUAACUCAUUGUCUAUCAGUGAAUUAUAUAUGGAAAUGAAAAAAACAUUUAAAUCUACCACUAGUUCAAAGGUCAGGUGCCUUAGAUGUGCUGAAAGUGUACCAGUAUACGCUGGUUAUUACCUGGUUUUUACCUUUAAAGGAAAUUAUUGCUGUUGAAAAAACCAUAGAUGUACAUAUUGUUUUGUGGACUUAAGUGAAAUUCUUUGUGUGUGCUGAUAAAAAAAGAAGAUCAUAACUUAAUGUCUUGUAUGAAUGACCCAGUCUCACUGUGGGACCAAACUACAGACAAUCAUGUCCCAGUUGCUUACAUGUGGGGAAAAAAAGAUUUACAUUAUCAAUCUGAUACCAACUUUAAAACUGGACAACAGCCUACAGAAAGGUUUUUAAAAAGAUCACACACUUACAACUGUUUAGCAAAUUUUGUAAUUCUUUGGGUCUGUGUGUUUGAUGAUAUGUGUGUGCAUAUUAUAUUUUAUUAUGAUUUUUCUAAUGUGUGUCCUGUCAUCAAAAGCCUUUUCUGUUGGCUUAGCACCUUGUUUAGAAGGAGUAAUCAGGUAAUUAGACUUGGGAAUUUUUCAUCUGAGUUAACGGGGUGAGUAAUUCAUACUCCGCUUUGGAUUUAAUUGACUGGGUUCUGAUUCACACUGUAUUUGAUUAUACACAUUUUGACCUGCAUUUAUUUACUCGCAACCAGAAAUCAGAAUAAAAAAAUGCAACGAUUUUACAUCCGAGUAAUUUUUGUGCCAAUAAGGAUCAGGAAGUAGUAGGUUAUUGUUACACGAACAACAUCUAUUUAUUUAUUUGUAAAUGAUCCCACUGUGAACUAAUUCCGUUUGUCUCUUACUAAAUACAUUUGUUUGUGUAAACUGGUCUGACCGGCUCUAAAUAAAAGCAUUACAGUCUCA